AUGACGGAAUACGGCACCGGCAAAAAUGGCUACGCCGACUUGGAAAAUAGCAGUCGUCUGCCGUUCUAUCACGUCGGGAACCCAAGCAUCCGCGCCUACCUCGCCGAGUUUGUCGGGACCUUCAUCCUAGUGCUCAUUGGGGAUGGAUCGGUUGCACAGUACGUGCUUGGUGGGGGCACUGCUGGUCACUACCUCUCGGUGAACUUGUGCUGGGGCAUUGCACUGCUCUUUGGGAUCCACUUCUCUGGCGGUGUCAGUGGAGGUCACCUCAAUCCAGCCGUGACGCUGGCGUUGGCCAUGUUCAAGCGCUUCGAGUGGACGAAAGUACCUGGCUACUUUAUGGCUCAGACGGCCGGUGCGUUUGCAGCUGCCAUGGUCGUCUUCAUUGUAUACUACCCGUGGUUCGACAUCCAGGACCCGAACCGGGAGACGACCCAGGGCAUCUUUGCGACGUACCCGAACGCCCAGAUCCCCAACUGGUCGGCACUGGCAAAUGAGAUCAUCGGAACGGCUUUGUUGGUCAGCGGUAUCUUUGCCGUGAGUGACCAGCUCAACAAACCAGCGAGCCCCUAUAGCUUCCCUGCAGCCGUUGCUUUGAUGCUUACGAGCAUUGGCAUGUCGUUCGGUCUGGACACUGGCUAUGCCCUGAACCCGGCCCGUGACUUUGGUCCUCGUCUGUUCACAUUCGUUGCUGGGUGGGGCUGGAAAGUCUGGACGCUACGUGGCGGCUACUUUUGGAUCCCUAUUGUCGGCCCGUUCGUUGGUGCAAUCAUCGGAGCGGCCACGUAUGUCGGGCUCAUUGAGGCUCACCACCCUCCCCAGUGA